CUUGUUUUAAACAAGUUCAAGGUCGUUGCCACAGUCUCACUGAUGUUAAGCACAGUCAAGGAUGCUCAGAAUGAGUUGGGAAAUUUAUCACUUGAAGAGUUAGAGAAAGCUGUUGAAGAAAUAAAGUCUAGUACCUCUAAAGAAGUCUUGGAAAAUGAAUGUUAUAAGAAUUUUAUGUCAAAACUGGAUAUGGAAAUUGAGAAAUCACUGCCAUCUGUCAGCAGGAGGGCAUCUUUAGUUAGGAAGCGUUCGAAAAGCAGGAGUUCCGCAGUUGAUAGAUUCGUUACUCUAUCCUUCGAACAGAAAUGUUUGAUAUUGCAAACACAAUACGAAGAGUUGAGAAAUCAUGUUGAGCGACUCAAAGCUGAUUUUGAUGAGAAGCUGGACACUCAUAAAGCUUUAUCUGAGGAGCUGAAAUCGCGUCACAGAGAAAUCCAUAAAAACCACAGCUUUUUUGGCAAACUCAUUAGCAAAGAGUUAGCCUCUGUGGGAGCAAAAGUGAUUUCUUCAGAAAGAUACCUAAGAAUUUCGGAUGAAUAUUGCAAAUCAAUGGAUACCCUAUCUGACAAGCUUCGUCUAAAAAACAGUUCAUUGAAGACCACCUUGAAAAAAACAAAAGAACAGUUGAGGCAGAAAGAGACUGGAGAAGUUCUCAGUGCAAUUGACUUUGAACAAAUGAAAAUAGAUAAUACGAAAUGUCUUGCAGAGAUAGACGAAAAAAAUCGUAUCAUACAAAAAAUGAAAAUAGUCGCUGCUAGGACUCUUCAGAUAUUAAAUGGACAAAGGAAAAAACUAAAUGAAGCAUUACACGAACAAAAAUAUCUUAUGGAAGAACAAAACCAACGCCAAGAAAUGCAUAGACGUAUCGAAACUGAGAAUAUAUUAGCAAAGCAGGAACUCAAAACAGAAAGAACUCUUAACGAAAAAUACGAAGACCAUAUAUCAUCGUAUCGUGUACCAUCUGUGAUAGAUUUUGUCAAGCUUGUGAGCGAAGAACGAGAUUUGACAAGCAAACAAAAUAUAUACAACAGACGCCUAAAAAUUGCAGAAAUGGCAUUACACUGUCACAAAAAGCUUUGGUCACAAAUUCAACACAGCAGUUUAGACGGAAGAGUUUAACCACUCACUUUAUAUAACAAGCUUUGCGUAUCUUUUUCUAUUGUUUGUUAGGAAUAAAUAUUUGUAUUUGUUGAUAUAAAAAUAAUUUUUUUAACGUAAGUUGCGUUGUGA